AUGUAUGGUUUGGUUCCGAUUCACGGCGUGAAUUGGCCAUUUGGAGAUUAUGAGAGUUUGGAACCUUAUAAUCAAAUGCCGUGCGAACAGUCUUGUUUGAACGAUUGUUUGUGUGACGUUGCCAUAUUUAGCAAUACAACAUGUUGGAAGAAGAAACUGCUGCUGUCUAAUGGGAAAUUCGAGUUUGCAGUUGCUAUUUUCAAAGUAAGGAAAGACAGUGUUCCACUUUCCAACUCAAAGAAAGACGAGCGAAUUCUCUUGUGGAGCUCCGGGUUUGCCAACAUUCUCUUACUAGUCGUAAUUUCCCUAAUGUUUUUCUCAAUUCGACGGAAAAGAUCAAGAAAGGCCGUACAUAAUUCAAGUGUUCCCGAAACAAAUUUGCAUCUUUUCACUUUCGAAGAGCUCAAGGAAGCGACAGAAGGGUUCAAGGAUGAAUUAGGGAGGGGUUCUUUUGGGAUUGUUUACAAAGGUGUACUGAAAUUUGGUUCAAAGAAACAAGUUGCGGUCAAGAAGUUGGACAAGUCAACACAAGAAGGAGAGAGGGAAUUCAAAGCCGAUGUGAGUGCAAUUGGGAAAACCCAUCACAAGAAUCUAGUCCAACUGCUCGGCUAUUGUCAAGAGGGGCCUCACAGGCUUCUAGUGUACGAGUUCAUGAGCAAUGGAAGUUUAGCAAAUUUCCUCUUCAGCCUUCCAAGACCUGAUUGGUAUCAAAGGACUCAAAUGGCUCUAGGGAUUGCAAGAGGACUAGUUUACUUGCAUGAAGACUGUAAUGCGCCAAUCAUCCACUGCAAUAUAAAGCCUCAAAACAUACUAAUUGACCAAAAUUUCACAGCACGAAUUUCUGAUUUUGGAUUGGCAAAAUCAUUAUUGCUCAACCAAACUCAAACUCAUACUGGGAUAAGGGGAACUCGAGGAUACGUAGCUCCAGAAUGGUUCAAAAAUGUACCCGUGACAGUGAAAGUGGAUGUCUACAGUUUCGGUGUCAUGUUGCUAGAGAUCAUUUGUUGUAGAAAGAUAAAGGAGUUUGGGGAAGAAGAAAAAGCAAUACUCACAGAUUGGGCUUAUGACUGCUAUAUGAAUGGGAGACUUGACAUUUUGGUGGACAAUGACGAGGCUGCCAUCGAAGAUAACGUGCCCCUGAGCUGGUGGAUCUUGACAGCAAUCUGGUGUGUACAAGAGGAUCCUUCAAAAAGGCCUACAAUGAAGAUCGUAACACAAAUGUUAGAGGGAUACGUUGAUGUUCCUAUUCCCACUAGCACUUCUUUCAGCUAUUCAUCUUCAUGA